AUGUCUGACGAAGGAGGAGCCAACGGAGCCAAGGCGAGCUUCCUAUGUCCGGAGUCUGAUCAGCCGUGGAGCUUCUCAAACUUCGAUAACUCUGGUAGUGAUCAUCAAAACAUAGUAGUGUUGGGGUCAAAACCUAAUAGUCCUAUAGUUGGGCUUAAAAUAGAUGGAGAUCAAGAGAAGACAGAGGGUAAGAUUAAUGGUUCUUCCUCGUCGAAAGGAAAAGGAGAAGCUUCUGAUGACCAUGAGAUGCAUAUAUUGACAGAGAGGGAGAGGAGGAAGAAGAUGAGAAACAUGUUUUCUAAUCUUCAUGAGCUCAUCCCUCAUCUCCCUUCAAAGGCAGACAAAUCAACCAUCGUGGAUGAAGCAGUGACCUACAUAAAAUCCCUUCAACAAACCCUUCAAAACCUUCAACAACAAAAGCUAGAGAGAAUGCAAGUACAAGCAUCAUCUUCAUCUUCAUUAUUCCCUCCAGUAUUGCGAACUCCUCAAUCACAAGCAAUCAACAACUCAAGGGAGUCAUUCUUAGCUACUGCGCCAAUGUCACCAACUUUAAUGCCAAUGCCCCGACUCUCCAACUCUUUUCAGGCAUGGUCAACCGAUAAUGCAAUGCUCAAUGUGAGCGGUGAACAUGCGCAUAUUAGCAUUAGCACUGUGAAGAAGCCAGGGACUCUAGCUAACAUUUUUUAUAUAAUGGAGAAAUACAAACUUGAGGUGCUACUUUGCACUGUGUCUUCUGAUUAUUUCAGAAGCAUGUACAUGAUCCAUGCCCGUGUAAGUAUUGCUAACUAACAUUCUCUUCAAUUAUCUCCCGCCUCAUGA